UCACUCCAGACCUGUUUUCUGCUACUCUCUGGCAAGGAAGGUGUUAGCUCUCUGGGAUAUAAAGAUUUCUUAGCUUUCUUCUGCUAUAGCAAAGCAAAGGGUUAAAUAGACCACAUAGAUAAUCCGAGUAUCAUGGUUGGAGAUCUGAAGGGGAGAUGGGAGCUGCUCGUGGGUAUCAUGCUGACACUGUAUACCCCCUCUGCAGCAGCGUCCCAGAUAGCAGACGUUUGUUCUAACUUCCACACAGCGGGUAUCUUAAAUGGCAGCAGCCUACACGUGCAGUUCCUGCUUUAUACAUCACAUAGCCCAGGCUGUGGCCAAGUCAUCCAGGUCAAUGGAAACAACACCCUGGGGACCUCCCACUUUAAUGCCUCCCUGGGCACCAAGAUUAUUAUCCAUGGCUUCAGAGUCUUCGGCACUAAGCCGACCUGGAUGGACACUAUGAUUAAAGCUCUGCUUGAUGCUGAAGAUGUAAACGUGUUAGCAGUUGAUUGGGUACAGGGCUCCACCGCCAAAUAUCACCACGCAGUGGAAAACGUACCCAAGUUAAGCCUGGAAGUGGCUGUACUCAUAAACAGCCUGCUGGAUGCAGGCGCCACUGAGAAGUCCUUACACUUCAUUGGGGCCAGCCUUGGUGCACAUGUGGCUGGGCAUGUCGGACAGCUUUUUGGUGGCCGUCUUGGAAGGAUCACAGGGCUGGAUCCUGCAGGACUGAAGUUUACAGAAGCUAGCCCAGAGGAACGGCUGGACCCAGGAGAUGCGGUGUUUGUGGAGGUCCUACACACCGAUACAAACAAAUUUGGGAUCCAAAUCCCUGUGGGACAUGUGGAUUACUACAUCAAUGGAGGGAGAGAUCAGCCCGGCUGUCCAUAUAACUUGUAUAAAUACAUGAUCUGUGAUCACGCGAGAUCUGUUAGCAUAUACAUCAAUGCUGUCCUGGGCCUCUGCUCGUACAUAGGAUAUCCCUGCCCCAGCUAUGACAAGUUCCGCACCGGCGAGUGUGUGACCUGCACCAACCCUCUGCUGCCGUCCUGUCCACUGAUAGGGCAGGAACAAAUGGCAUUAACCUCUGGGAACAACACCUUGCUAAGUGAAGUUCAGCUUUUUAUGAUGACUACUCCAAGUGAUCCAUAUUGUGCUCAUCAUGUCCUACUCGAGUUUACUUUGACUGAAUACAAGAACAUCAGCACUAAUAUUAAUAUACAGCUGAGGAGCGACACGUACAGCACCAGGACAAUUAUCAACAUCCCCAGGUCCGAAGACCAAGGAAAAACUAUGGUGGCCCUUGAGGGUCCUCUGUGCCAAGUGCACACUGUUGUUAUUUGGGUUCCCACUUCUUUUAGCAGUUUGUGGAAGCAGAAACCUGACGUCAGCGGCAGACUGUGUGUGUCUGAGUUGCCCAUGAGUGACAGAAAUGAAAUGGUUUGUUUGCCCAAAACUCUGACACUGAGAGGGAACAGUCGGGAAGCGGAAAAACUUGCAACUAAAUGCAAUUAAUGUUUGUCCCAACUACAGCAAACUGAUGGUCAUCCCAUGUAUUAUAAUCUGAUGAUUGCCUCAUCAACUGCAUCCUAAUAAUCACCCCAUCUACUGCAAACCGAUGGUCAACCCAUCUACUGCAGCCUAAUGAUCACCUGAUCUACUGCAACCUAAUGAUCACCCAUCUACUGCAACCUGAUGAUCACCUCAUCUACUGCAACCUAAUAAUCACCCCAUCUACUGCAACCUGAUGAUCACCCCAUCUACUGCAACCUAAUGAUCACCUCAUCUACUCCAACCUAAUGAUCACCUAAUCUACUGCAACCUAAUGAUCACCUCAUCUACUGCAACCUAAUGAUCACCUCAUCUACUGCAGCCUAAUAAUCACCCCAUCUACUGCUACCUAAUGAUCACCUCAUCUACUGCAACCUGAUAAUAACCACAUCUACUGCAGCCUAAUAAUGGCCACAUCUACUGCAACCUAAUGAUUACCUCAUCUACUGCAAACUGACAGCCAACCCAUCUACUGCAGCCUAAUGAUGACCCCAUCUACUGCAACCUAAUGAUCACCUCAUCUACUGCAAACUGACGGUCACUCCAUCUACUGCAACCUGAUCAUCACUCCAUCUACUGCAAACUGAUGGUCAACUCAUCUACUGCAACCUAAUAAUCACUCCAUCUACUGCAAACUGAUGAUCACCCCAUCUACUGCAGCCUAAUGAUGGCCACAUCUACUGCAACCUGAUGAUCACCCCACCUAAUGCAAACUGAUGGUCACCCCAUCUACUGAAACCUGAUGAUCACUCCAUCUACUACAGACGAAUGAUGGCCACAUCUACUGCAACCUGAUGAUCACCCCAUCUACUGAAACCUAAUGAUCACCCCAUCUACUGCAACCUAAUGAUCACCCUAUCUACUGCAACCUAAUGAUCACCCCAUCUACUGCAACCUGAUGAUCACCCCACCUAAUGCAAACUGAUGGUCACCCCAUCUACUGAAACCUGAUGAUCACUCCAUCUACUACAGACUAAUGAUGGCCACAUCUACUGCAACCUGAUGAUCACCCCAUCUACUGAAACCUAAUGAUCACCCCAUCUACUGCAACCUAAUGAUCACCCUAUCUACUGCAACCUAAUGAUCACCCCAUCUACUGCAAACUGACGGUCACCCCAUCUACUGCAAACUGACGGUCAACCCAUCUACUGCAACCUAAUGAUUACCAUAUCUACUGCAAACUGAUGGUCACCCCAUCUACUGCAACCUGAUGAUCACCCCAUCUACUGCAAACUGAUGGUCAACCCAUCUACUGCAACCUAACAGUCACCCCAUCUACUGCAACCUGAUGAUCGCCCCAUCUACUGCAACCUAAUGAUCACCCCAUCUACUGCAACCUGAUGAUCACCCUAUCUAAUACAACCUAAUGAUCACCCCAUCUACUGCAACCUAAGGCUCAUCCCAUCUACUGCAAGCUAAUUAUUGUCUCAUCUAUGGCAAUCUGAUGAUCAUUCCAUUAACUGCAACCUAAUGAUCACCUUAUCUCAUGUAAGCUGAUGAUCACCCCAUCUACUGCAACCUGAUGAUCACCACAUCUACAGCAGCCUGAUGAUCACCACUCUACUGCAAACUAAUGAUCACCCCAUCUACUGCAACCUAAUGAUCACCCCAUCUACUGCAACCUAAUGAUCAUCCCAUCUACUGCAACCUAAUGAUCAUCCCAUCUACUGCAACCUUGAUGAUCAUCCCAUCUACUGCAAUCUGAUGAUCAUCAAAUCUACUGCAACCUGAUGAUCAUCAAAUCUACUGCAACCUGAUCAUCAUGCCAUUUACUGUAAGCUGGCGAUUGCCUAAUCUACUGCAACCUAAUGAUCACCCCCAUCUACUGCAACCUGAUGACCACCCCAUCUACUGCAACCUGAUGAUCACCACAUCUACUGCAGCCUGAUGAUCAUCCCAUCUACUGCAACCUGAUGAUCAUUCCAUCUACUGCAACCUGGUGAUCAUCCCAUCUACUGCAACCUGAUGAUCAUCCCAUCUACUGCAACCUGAUGAUCAUCACAUCUACUGCAACCUGAUGAUCAUCACAUCUACUGCAACCUGAUGAUCAUUGAUCUACUGCAACCUGAUGAUUGCCUCAUCUACUGCAACCUGGUGAACACAGAUCUACUGCAACCUGAUUGCUGCAAUAACAACCAAAAGCAUACAACUGUUAUUGCACUUCAAUGAAAUCAAAUUAAAAAGACAUCAGUGAUCAUGUUACCUUUAGAACUUAAGGCCACACAUAGGACUAGUGCAUCAAUUCUAGAAGCACAGUGCAAUUGCUGAGCAUCUCUUCUUCUACAAAAGUAGCCAUGAUAUAGCAAAUUUACAAAGUGUCAAAAUGGACUCACUAAUUUUCAUUGCAA